AUGAUCAAGUAACUGCCAACAAGACUUCCCCCAACUCAAUCAUCAAUUAGUCCUUUUAUAAAGCUUCAAGCUGGAUAGCAAGACAAUCAUUAGAGCCUUGAACAACGCAAGUUAAGAGCAUAGUCUGAUGAUUCCUCAUCUAUGGACGAUUGUGAUAGUCAAACUUCGCCAAUCAACAAAUAACUCAAAUCUUUAAAGUUGAUGGGAGCAGACCUUGGAUCAGCUGAGUACGGCACUCAAAGAUCACGGUUUCAUAGUAAUCAUACAAAUAAUGAAGCAGAUUUCAACGAUAAGCAUAAUGACCUUACGAAUAUAAUUGGGACAGACGGGAUAUCCAAUUUGAAUAAAGUGAAGGUUGAAAGUUUCCAAAAUAAAUCCUUAAAUCAUAGCUCUAAUGACAGGUCAGAAUAAGAUAAAAAUACUUUCUUAGAGAAUAAGAUAGCCAAGCCAAAGCCAAUUUAAAUGUUCCCGCCUCUGUCUUUAAUGGGGACUAGCACGACGAAUCUUAUUUAGUUAAUGAUCUUAAAAUCCUAAUAACAGAAAUUUAUGCAACAAAGCUAGCAAAGUGCAAGCCAAAGAGAUAGAGGACGUUCAUUUGAUGAUCUAAAUGCAUCAACAACUAAUACAAGUAGUGCCAAUAAAUUUAUAAAAUCUCCACAGCUUAUUGGCCAAGAUGUAAAUUAUAAUAAAUUUUCUGCCUUAGGAAAAUAUCAGCAUGGUUAGGGUUUAACCCAAUCAUCUCCUGACGAAUUAUAUGGAUAUUAUGGAGGUGGUUCUGAUGACGGGAGAAGGGAUCAGAGUUGCUCAAGCUCAAAUGGUAGUUCUUGUGAAGGCAUGAUGGGACCUCUCUCGAGAGAUUCUAAAAAUGAAAGAGUGCUCAAGUAUUGGGAGAAAAAAAAGAGAAGAAAAAGUUAACGAUUUGUGAGAUAUGAAUGCAGGAAGAACUUAGCUGAAAAAAGAUUCAGAUUUCAGGGAAGAUUUGUAAAGGCUGAUUAGUUAGAAAAAUUAGAUCCUGAACAAGUUUACAACCCAAACGUGAAAAUAGAGCCAAAGACAAAGCCUAUUUUCAAAGUGACAAAAUCUCAGAGCCGAAAAAGUUCAUUUUCAGGAGGUAGUGGCGGAAGUACCCUUGGUGAAUAGAAAUAUCUGCAAGAUAUCGAGAGGCAAGCUGAUAUGAUGAAUUUGUUCACUCCUACUGAUUUCAAUAUGAUAAUACCUAGUAUUAUCAAUCCAGCAGAACAGUAAAGAUAAAAAGUUCAUGAUACCGCCUUCGGGAUCCCUGGUUUUGUGCCUCCAGAAAAUAAAUACUUACCCGGAGGUCAUAAUCAAAGAGGCUAAGAUUUCUUCAAAAAUGUUUCUGGAGGGAUCUGUGUAAAUAAUUAAUUCUAAAAUGUGGCAGUAAAUAACCUUAAUUAGCGAAAUUUGGGUCUGUAUACACAAAAUAAACUAGAAAAUUUAUAAAAUGAAUGCUAUUAUGAGCCUCCCCUCUUUGAGUGA